UGGCCCGAAGCGCCGCUUUCCGUAAAUAAGCGCUGUGUUGGAUCAGCGGAGACUUCAGACGUGAAGGACUUGUGGUAAACGGGAACACGGGCAGCUGUGGCGGUGUCCGCCCUCACAGCUUCCCCGGCUGAGGUGAAAAUGGCUGCAGAGAAGUGGAAAGGCUGGGCUUCGAAACAGCACAAGGAGGCUGAGCACGGCGGGGAGAGGGAGCCGGGCGCGCUCCUGGGCCGGCAGCUGCCUGAAGCCGGCAGGUUCGCGUACGCGGCGCUUUGCGGGAUAUCCCUCGCCUGGCUCUUCCCUGAAAACGAGCAAAGCUCCUUCAGGACAGAAUUCAUCAAGCGCUUUGUGAAGUGGCUGGACCUGCCUGAUGCUGUCUUACCUGCCAUGACAGCCUUUGCUGAUGGCUUAGGAGGUGAGGGCACAGAAACUUUUGCUGAAAUUUUGCUGAAGGAUCCCAUCUUGAAAGAAAAUCCACUUCUCAUUACCCAGGACCUUUUAUCGUUCUCUCUUCAAGAUGGAUCCUAUGAUGCUCGAGCCAGGGUGUUGAUCUGUCGUGUCAGCUGGCUGCUGAGAAUUCCCUUGGAAGAUCUGGAAGUCCUGGAGGAAUCUCUGCUUGAGAACCUGAAGGAACAAAAAGAGGAAGAGUCAGAAACUGCAGAAGUCUCAAGAAAAAAGAAGGAAAGAAGGAAAAAGCUGAAGAGAUACCUGCUGAUCGGUCUGGCAACUGUUGGGGGUGGAACAGUGAUUGGUCUGACAGGAGGCCUGGCUGCCCCUCUGGUUGCUGCGGGAGCUGCCACAGUCAUCGGGAGUGCUGGAGCAGCUGCUUUAGGAUCCACUGCUGGGAUUGCUGUCAUGGCAUCCCUUUUUGGGGCAGCAGGAGCUGGUCUUACUGGAUACAAAAUGAAGAAACGUGUGGGAGCCAUAGAAGAGUUUGAAUUCCUCCCACUUACGGAAGGGAAGCAGCUCCACAUCACCAUAGCAAUCACUGGAUGGCUGUGCACUGGCAAAUAUGGGAGCUUCACAGCCCCGUGGAGCAGCAUGUUGCACUCGAGUGAGCAGUACUGCCUGGCCUGGGAAUCCAAGUACUUGAUGGAGCUUGGCAACGCCUUGGAUUCCCUGCUGAAUGGCUUUGUGAACAUGAUGGCUCAAGAAGCCCUAAAAUUCACUGUCUUGUCAGGGAUUGUGACAGCCUUGACUUGGCCAGCGUCACUCCUGACUGUUGCCAGUGUCAUUGACAACCCCUGGGGAGUGUGUCUGCACCGCUCUGCCGAAGUGGGCAAACACCUCGCGCACAUCCUGCUCAGCAGGCAGCAGGGCCAGAGACCGGUCACACUGAUUGGCUUCAGCCUGGGUGCCAGAGUCAUUUACUUCUGCCUGCAGGAAAUGGCUCAGGAGAAAGACUCACAAGGGAUCAUUGAAGACGUUGUCUUGCUGGGAGCUCCAGUGGAAGGAGAAGCCAAGCACUGGAGAGCUCUCACCAGAGUGGUGUCAGGCAGGAUCAUCAAUGGCUUCUGCAGGGGGGACUGGCUGCUGAGCUUUGUUUACAGAACCUCCUCUGUCCAGCUCAACGUCGCAGGCCUCCAGCCAGUCGACCUGGAUGACAGGAGGAUGGUGAACAUGGACCUUUCCUCUGUGGUGAAUGGCCACCUGGACUACAUGAAGCAGAUGGACACGAUCCUAAAAGCCGUGGGCAUUAAAACCAAGGAAUGCCAGCUGGAAGAGAAGGGCAGCCUUUUUUCCCCUCAAGCCAAGAAAUCCCAGCAGGCAGCUGGCAGCGAGGCUCAGGGACAGGAAAACACCAGGAAAGAGGAGGACGAGGCUGGGAGUGAGGCUCUCCCAGCCAGCUGUGCUCACCGACAAAAUUCCUCCAGCUCUGCCCUGGGAGAACCCUCACCACCCUGCCCAGAGUGCUCACACAGCAGAGACAGCACGGACCAGGCAGUGGGGAAGGGAGCAAAUUAGGGCA